AAAAUCUGGAACCAAUUCUGUGUCGCAUGCAUCCUCAUUUUCCAAAAUUCUCCACUGAAUUUGCAUCUGCGCACACAAUUCAUCGUAUGCAUAUGUUAUGGAGCCUCCGCCGCCACAAUUAUUGCCAUCGCAACCGCAGCAUUUCUCCGUCAGGCGAUACAACCACCGCGGCGAGGGCGGCGGGCCGGUGGAGAUGACGAAGGAGCACUCCCACCCGGAUAAUAUCGAUAGCAGCAGCGCGGCGGAGAGGCGCGGCGGAGGCGAGAUGCGCCGCCCCGCGUUGGAUUGCAACCUGGCCUCGCUCUGCGAUCAUAUCCAGUUGGAAGGGUUUAACAACGGCGUGUUCUCCGACGUCGUUUUGAACGCCAUGGGAUCCACCUAUCACCUCCAUCGCCUCAUACUCUCCCGGAGUUCCUACUUUCGGAACAUGCUCCAGGGACCUUGGAAAGAAGCCAACGCUCCACUUUUAACCCUGAAUGUGGAUGAUAGCAAUGUCAAUGGUGAAGCGAUGGAUAUAGCUUUGGCCUACCUCUAUGGUCAUUAUCCCAAGCUCAAUGAUAAUAACGCUUUUCGUGUUCUAGCAGCUGCUUCUUUUCUUGACCUUCAGGAUUUAUGUGCUAUUUGCACAGACUUCAUUAUUUCUGAAUUGUGGUCUACCAACUUCUUAACAUACCAGGUCUUUGCGGAGAGCCAAGAUUAUGGCUCACAUGGGGCACGUGUUAGAAAUGCUUGUUGGGGCUACCUUUGUCAAAGUGGGGCUCAAGAAUUGAAAGAGGUCCUCCCAAAACUUUCCUCUCAAACAUUGCUUGCUUUACUCACCUCAGACGAGUUAUGGGUGCCCAAUGAAGAGAAACGAUUUGAACUGGCACUAUACACUCUUCUUGCAAAAGGCACACUUUGCAAAGAAAAUCAUGAGCAGGACAGUGUAGGUUGCAAGGUCAUAGAUAGUGCUGAUUCUUCAAGAGUAAGCAGAAAAUAUGUUGGUGAUGAAAGCACUAAUGCUUUGCCGGAAACUAAAAAAGAGCACAGAAAAUCAAAAGAUGAAGCUGAAGGCCAGGACACUGCUCGUAAAAUUUUGGUGGAGCUUGCCGACUCCAUAGUGGAUUCUCAUUCUAAUGUCGGCAACUUUGGUGAAGCCCGAACAUUAUAUGGUGAAUCUAAUUUGGAUUCAAGUUAUGAUUGUAGCCGUCAAUGCCCUUCAUCAAGCAAUACACUUUAUGUGGAUGACAUUAGUGCUUCAUGUUCUUAUUCAACUGUUGGACAGAGUGAAUUGGCAGGCAGUGGUUUGGCGUUAGAAGGGCCUCCGGAUGGAGAUCCAUGCUGCCAACUGAACAGGAGCUGGGCACCAGGAAAUCAAAUGCACUGCUUGUCGAUGAACUCUUCCUGUAAUAUGCUGAUGCCUAAUGAAUGGGAAAGAUGUAAUGUGUCAUCUUUGACAUGGGGUGGCAGGACUGUGGGCAGAAGAGAGGUAAAACGUUGCCUAGAACGGCUCUGUGGGAUGAGCAGAGAAGACUAUGAUUCUUUUGUCAACAUUUUUGAAGGUGGCUCUCUUUUAUACUGUAAUAUGUCCUUUGAGGCCCUCAUAAAUGCAAGAAAACAUCUUGAAGAAAUGGGAUUCCCUUGCAAAGCAGUGAAUGAUGGUUUAUGGCUGCAGAUGCUCUUAAGCCAAAGAGUGCAAGAAGUUGGUGCUGAUACAUGCAGAAACUGCUGCCGCGUUAGUAUUGCAUGUAUGUGCAGACAGCCAUUUGGAUACUCAACUGGAGUUACUGCACCUGGGUACUACAUGCAAGAUCAUGAGCACAAUAAUCUACCCCCAAAUGAAAUUGGACAUGUCUAUAGCAAUAGUUCUGCUCAAGGGGAAAGAAACGGCCUCUUUAGGCCAGUCCGUGUACAUGACAGAGGCCCUAUUGAUGGACUUGCAGGCAUUGGCCGUGGAAAUACAUUUGCGCCUGUAGCUACUUGGCCACCAACUCGUUAUGUCUUCUCUCGUGUUCCAUUUGGAAUUGGCAACCGAAACAGUCAGCAAGCUCCUGCCAAUGAUGGACCAGAUAAUAGACCUGACAGCAAUGCGGACCUUGCUGGGGAUGGGUUAACUGUUUUGGUUGGGCUCAGUAUGGGAUCAAACGACGCCACUAAUGUGCAUGAGGUGCAUCUAGGAAGAGAAUUUGAGACAGGUCAGCAGAGCAGGCAGGUGGGAUCUUUAACCCCUGGAUCAACUGGGUUAACUACCAGUGGCAUUCCUAUGCAACUGAUAGACUCACCAGAGCAUGCUAUGGGGGUUGAGUGGGAGAAUGCAAAUAGUUCUAUACCAUUGGACCUGAAAACACCUUUGAAUCACUUCCCACCACUUCGUUUUGCGGUCGAAUUCCAGGAUGUGCAUAGACUCUGUGAUGGCCAAGUCAAGCACUCACCUGAAGCAUUUUAUGCAGGUUCCCUGUGGAAGGUUAGUGUCCAGGCUUUUAGUGAUGAAGAUCCACAGGGACGCCGUACACUUGGCUUGUUUCUUCACCGGCGCAAGGCAGAAAUCAACGAUCCACUGAGAAAGGUCCAUAUGUAUGUUGAUUCUAGGGAAAAGGUUACUGCUAGAUAUCAGAUUUCAGUUGAUAUGCCCGUCGAAGAGAGAGGUGAUGGUUUUUGGGAGCUAUAAACAAACGGGCACGCUUCUACCAAAAGCUCCAAAAGGAUGGGGUUGGCGUACAGCUUUGUUAUUCGAUGAGCUCAGCAAUCUACUCCAAAAUGGAACCCUACGAGUUGCAGCUGUAGUGCAGCUUAUCUGAUUCUUUUAAAGGUUAUUAGUAGCUGCUCAUGGUAUUGGUUGAACUUUUUUAACCACAUUAAGGAAGUUGCUAUAUAUCAUACGUCUCUAGUUUAAGGUGUAGUAGUUGAGUGAGUUCAGUUUUGUUUUUGUCCAGAGUCGCAUCAAUAGCUCUAUUUUUCUUACAGUUUGUGCAGUUACAUUGUGUAUAUAUGAAUAUGAUCAGUCAAUGAAAAAAUAAGGCUGUUGCCUUGGUGCA